UUCUCCACACGUCUUCCACUCAUCACAAACUCGGGCCAGGAAGAAGACAGCCACGCACACGUAACACUCCAACACAGACGCGGGACCGAAGAACACGUACUGAAGAGCAGUUCCACGGGGAAGCAGGGAUCUUUGCCCCCUUUACAUCCACAUCACCACGUUGUCCAGUUAUGGAGCUUUUUGAGACCAACCCUUACUUCUUCCCUGACCAGCGUUUCUAUGAAGGAGGGGACAGCUACUUCCCCUCUCGCUUGCCUGGGGCGUAUGACCAAGCUGGCUAUCAGGACAGGAACUCCAUGAUGGGCUUGUGCGGGAGUCUGUCUGGGGGUGUUGGAGUCGGGGUGACAGGUACAGAGGACAAACCCUCUCCAUCCAGCCUGUCACCUCACUCUGAGUCCCACUGUCCCGGUCAGUGCCUGCCCUGGGCAUGCAAGCUGUGUAAAAGGAAGACGGUGACCAUGGACCGCCGGCGAGCAGCCACACUGAGGGAGAAGAGACGCCUGAAGAAGGUGAAUGAGGCCUUUGAUGCUCUGAAGAGGAGCACCCUGAUGAACCCCAACCAAAGGCUGCCCAAGGUGGAGAUCUUGCGGAGCGCCAUCCAGUACAUCGAAAGACUGCAGGCCCUGGUGUCCUCCCUCAACCAGCAGGACACUGAGACGGGACAGCAGGGAUUGCACUACCGACCCAGCCAGGCCCAGCCCAGAGUGUCGUCGUCAAGUGAGCCCAGUUCGGGCAGCACCUGCUGCAGUAGCCCAGAGUGGAGCAGCACUCCAGAGCAGUGCACGCAGAGCUACAGCAGCGAGGAUCUCCUGAGUGCUGCUGACUCUCCAGAGCAGGGCAACAUGCGGGCUUUGACCUCCAUCGUUGAUGGCACCUCUGCACCUGAUGGACCCGUGGCCUUUCCUGUGGACAUUUCCAAAUAGACCCUCUGACUAGUGGACCCGUAGGUGCGCAGAGAGCCACGAACAAAAAGCAAAGUGACAAUUGGCAACAGAGGAACCAAUCCAAAUGAUGAUUCUGUGUGUCUACUGAUCUGUUCUGUCUUAUGCUAAAUUUUUACAUUUGUGACUGAUCAGUUUUGUAACUCUGCUGAUCUAUGGGUCUGCUAGUCAAACUGAAUUCCUCCUGUUCACAAUAAGGCCUUAUUCCCAUUGUUACCUGCCUUAUCCCGCGGUCCAGACCUGUCUGUCAGAGCCACAGGAGCUUAGACUAACUAGAGAUUCAAGGACUUUGCUGCAUGAACCCAACACCUAGUUACUAGAGUGGAUCUCUGUUAGGCUUGCUUCCAGACUGACAGAGCCACAGAGGAAUGACAAAGCCUGGUUUUUCUCCUUACUUAAUUUAAGUUUUCCUCUUUUCAAAGCUUUUCCCUGAUCUUUCAUUCUUUUCGUGUGUGUUUUAAUGCUUAAAAAAAAACAUGAGUUCGUUUGUGGGGCCAAUAUGUACCAUGGCAGUUUUGACCAAGAUCUGCUUAAUUUAAACUGGUUAUGAAUGCUAGUGAUGUAAAUACGUUCCCUUUUUCUACAGAGUGGUUUUGCCAUUUUAUUUUUUAUUUUUUGCUAACUUAUUUUGGACUUUUAUAACUAAGAUUGUUGUGUAUUUGUAGAUGUUCCAAAAAGUGAUAUUUUCUGUUUAAUUCUUGCAAUAAAGACCAUUUUCAAUA